UUAUGUACCUCCUUUAUCUUCAUAUAUAUAAAACAUUACCUUAUACACUUGCAUCACAUCUCAUCUUUAGUCUUAAAGCAUCUCACAAGGAACCCAAGAGAAGCUUAAGCAAUAAGCAAUUUUUUUGUUUCUAUACAAUUGUUGAAUAACAAAGUUAUAGAGGACUUGGCUUUGCAUAGAGUAUUUUGGAUAGUUAUUGAGGUGGGAAAUUCUGAAUUACUAGGAAGAUGGAAAGCACGGUGACAUAUGAGAAUGAUCUCAACUUCAAGGCAACAGAGCUUAGAUUGGGGCUGCCAGGGACAGAGGAAAAAACAGUGGCUGGUGUUAGAACCAACAAAAGGCCAUUGAUUGAAACUUCUAAGGAGUGUGGUUCUAAGGGCUCUAAUGCUCAACAUGUGGACAGUGAUUCAACCCCUCCUAGCAAGGCAAAAAUAGUGGGGUGGCCACCAAUCAGAUCCUAUAGGAAAAAUAGCUUGCAAGAGGCUAAGGCUGAGGUUGCUGGGAUUUAUGUUAAAGUAAGCAUGGAUGGAGCACCUUACCUCAGAAAGAUAGAUUUGAGGGUCUAUGUUGGCUAUACAGAACUCCUUAAAGCUCUUGAAAACAUGUUCAAGUUGACCAUAGGUGAGUACUCUGAAAAGGAAGGUUACAAGGGAUCUGAUUAUGCACCUACGUAUGAAGACAAGGAUGGUGACUGGAUGUUAGUUGGAGAUGUUCCAUGGGACAUGUUUGUGACUUCUUGCAAAAGACUAAGAAUAAUGAAAGGAUCAGAAGCCAGAGGUUUGGGUUGUGGUGUAUGAGGAAAAGCUAAAUUAUCAUGAAAGAAAAGCAUGCUUUCAGCUUGGGUUCUCGGAACUAAAUGGGUUUUGAAUCAUUCUACUGUAUGCUGUCAACAAUACAUACCCAUAUGGUGUUUUACUCUAAAGCAGGGAAAUGGAAGAUACAGUGCUAUUUCCACUGAUCCUUUCAAGUUUCAAAUGAGAAAUCUCAUAGAUAUUUGCUUCAAAUGAACUUUGAGUACAAGAGGAUAGAACUGUGUACAUAGAUAUUUGCUUCAUAUGUAUUGUUCAUUAUCCUAAGUUUUUGGCUUUGUUUUGAUACAAGAAUACAGUGUAAUACACCAAGUUUUCGUAUGUAUGAAUUUUUCUCUUUUAUUAAAUAGACACAGAUUUAAGUAUGUG